UCUGCCUUUUCUCUUGGAGCCUCUGAAGGAUAUAAACCAAGGAACGCCAACUUAUCCCCCUAUUAGGGAUCAAUUCUCUCCACCAAAAUCGAUUCCUGGAAGAGACACAGAAAUCACUCAAGGCCAAUUUUAACACAGACCGUACUUCACUUACUCCCAAGAUGAGUGAUGAGGAGAUCACUUAUGCAACAGUGAGAUUCCAUAAGUCUUCAGAGUUGCAGAAUUGAGAAAGGCCUGAUGAGCCUCAAGGGCUCAGAGAAGCUGGUCACCAACAAUCUUCAGUCCCUUGCAAUACCUCUGGGAGUCUUUUGUUCCAUUCUGCUGGUGGCAGUUGCAGUGUUGGUGACACACAAACCACUCAAGGGCAGGUUGUAACACUGACCGUACUUCACUUACUCCCAAGAUGAGUGAUGAGGAGAUCACUUACACAACUGUGAGAUUCCACAAGUCUUCCUCAAGGUUGCAGAACCCAGGAAGGCCCGAUGAAACUCAAGGGCCCAGAGAAGAUGGCCACAAAGAGUGUCCAGUUCCGUGGCGCCUCAUUGCAAUACCUCUAGGAAUCCUUUGCUCCAUUCUGCUGGUGACAGUUGCAGUGUUGGUGAUACACAUUUUUCAGUAUAGUCAAGAAAAGUAUGAAUUGCAGAGAACUCAAAAUAAUCUCCUUCAAGAGAAUAGCACCAUGCGAAAUGACAGCUACUUAAAGGAAGAAAUGUUAAGAAAUAAGUCUAGAGAGUGUGAUGCACUCAAAGACAGUCUGUCCUCCCUCAACAGAACACUGAACAGAUGCUACCAGGAAACUAAAUUGGUUUUAGAUUUCAAACAGCACAGAGGCAAAGAUGAUGAAGGACACUGGUUCUGCUAUGGCAUAAAAUGUUAUUACUUUUUCAAAGAGAAAAAACGCUGGAGUAGUUGUGAAAACAUCUGCCAUCACCGCAGCUUAUCCCUUUUGAAGAUAGAGGAUGAAAAUGAGCUGAAGUUUCUUCAGCUCCAAAUUAAUCAAAACAAUUACUGGAUUGGAUUAAAAUAUGAUGAACCGAAAGGGAAACAGCUAUGGAUUGGUGACAGCUCAUUUAAACGUGACUCGAACAUAACAAAUUUCAACACCAAGAAUGGAAAAUGUGCAUUUUUAUCUAGAACAAGACUAGAUAAUGAUAGCUGUGGUAAAUCCUACUCCUGUGUCUGUGAGAAGAGACUCAAUAAAUUCCCUUAGUAACUCUACAGCAAGAUGUAAACGUAAAAUGGAGUGUGCUGAUCCUCAUUUGUUUCCUGUAAUAAUUUGUGAUUCCUUGUGAACAAGUGUUUUGAUCACAGGACUUAGUCCUCUGUGCAAACAGAGACACAAGCUUGGAGAGGUUGAGAAUAUUCUCUAGAAUCCGACUUGACAGAGAAGAGGCCAUCUUUCUUUCUGGAGGAGCACAUCUUCUCUGGUGCAUGGAUACUCUUUGCCCCAAGCCCUGAAAAAUCUGCUCUUUCUGUUUUCUAAAACACCCAUAGAACUAAAUAAAGAAUCCUAAUAAA